AUGGCUCCCCCAAAGAAAGGAAAGCAAGACAGAAAGUCAAGAAGUGCUAUGAGUAAUGUGGUCACUCGAGAAUACACCGUCAAUCUGCAUAAACGCAUAUUCGGAGUAGGCUUCAAGAAUCGUGCACCACGUGCAAUUGAUGAAGUGCGUAAGUUUGCAGAGCAACAAAUGGGAACUAAAGAUGUUCGCAUUGACACACGACUCAAUAAAUUCUUAUGGUCGAAGGGAAUCAAGAACGUACCAUACCGAGUUCGUGUUCGUUUGGCACGUCGUCUGAAUGAUGAUGAGGACUCACCCUAUAAACUCUACACCUUGGUAACGCACGUGCCAGUGACAAGUUUCAAGAAGUUGACGACAAUGAAUGUUGACGGUGAAGAACAGUAAAAAGAUCGAUUCUGGACAUUUUCAUCGUUGUUGUUGUUAUAUGUGAAUUGUUAAAAGUGAAUCCUCU